AUGGAGGGUAAGAAGCUCAUUGGACGUCAAAAAAUUCCCAUGGUAAAAAUAGAAAAUGAAGACGCUCGAUAUGCCUCCUUUUCAAAACGUCGAUCAACUUUAUAUAAAAUGGCUAGUGAACUUGUUCAACAGUGCGACGUUGACAUAGGUAUAGUUCUUUUUUCUUCGAAGGAUAUGUCUCAUUCAUUUUUUCAUCCAACUGUUGAAGUAGUUGCUCAUCAUUUUUUGAAUCCUAAUAAGGAAUUAAGUCAAACUACACAACUUGUUGGGACACAUGUUCGAAACAAGGUGAUUAAAAUCAAUAGCUUACUUGAAGAGUUUGAAAUUAGAGAAGAGUUUGCAAACAAACAAACACUUCAUCUUGACGAAGCGAGAAAGGCUAGGAAAAUAGGUUGGUGGGAGCAUAUUGAAAAAUUCAACGCAGAUGACUUAAUCAAGUUUGAAGCUUGGUUAAAUGCUACUGAUUUCAACAUGAGAUAUCGUCUGAAACAAUUGGAAAAUAAAGUUGCAUCUUCAUCACAAACUUCUCUUGAGAAUGCUAAUGAUGCAUCUAAUGCUUCAUAA